AUGGCUCAGAUUACAGAUCUUAAUGCUCACGAACGCCCGCCGGAGAUCGUCCGCCAGCGCUACAAGAAAUACCAGAAGAUCCCCCUCCAAGAUAUUGAUGGUGAUACGGGCAUUAUCGAUCUCCAGGCCCUGGACCCGGAGAAUUUGCCAGACAGCGUGUCUCUCUCGCAAUGGAGAUCCAGCGAAGACCUUCGAUUGGCAUUUGACGAGUUCGUCCAAGGAAGCCAUGAUUCCUCGGAGAGAGGCCCUCUGAUCGAGGACAUUCCUGUAUUUACUCACAAAUCUGUCUCUGGCUUGCAAAUGAUCCCGUCAAUGUUUCCACCCACCGUCCAGAUAGAGCUUUUGUCUCGUUUAUUCCACCGAGAUUUGUCGAAUCCGCAGCACCAGACUAAUCUUCAUCUGCAUUAUGAUGUUACUUAUCCGGAUCAAGUGAGGGAGGAUGUUACACAGCAUGAUCAUGCUUCGUCGUCGACAAGUUCCUGUUCACCAGACAGUCAACCCCCAUCUUUCUUCCAAGACGACUUAGCCCGUGCCAUAUAUCCUAAGGAUCCUGAUGUACACAAACCUCUUACAGUCAAGAACAUUCUGGAUAAGAAGCUUCGAUGGGUUACUCUUGGUGGGCAGUACAACUGGACUAUCAAAGAAUAUCCUCCCGACUCCCCGCCUCCAUUCCCAGAGGAUAUUGCCAAACUUUUACUUGCGUCUUUUCCAGAGACGGAUUCCCAAGCAGCAAUUUUGAAUUUAUAUUCCGCAGGUGAUACCUUGAGUGUCCAUCGCGAUGUCAGUGAAGAAUGCGAUAAGGGAUUGAUCAGCGUGAGCUUUGGCUGCGAUGGUUUGUUCUUAAUCAGCCAUGACAAUGGUGACGGAUGUGAAAUUAUCCGACUACGCUCAGGUGAUACUGUGUAUAUGAACGGUGCUUCUCGCUUCGCCUGGCAUGGUGUGCCAAAGAUUAUACCGGCUACUUGUCCGAGCUGGUUGGCCGAUUGGCCAUCUUCUCCAAAUGACCGAUCUGAUACCUCGCGAUAUGAGACCUGGAGGGGCUGGAUGUCGGGCAAAAGAGUCAAUUUGAACGUCCGCCAAAUGACAGCCUCUACAUGA